AUGGCUGCCAUCAUCAUGACGAAUGACACGGAGGAGGACUUCGAGAACCUGACGUCGGAUGACGAGUACGCGCGGUAUCCAGCACGACGUCAUGGUGGAAUGGGCAAGCUGGCUACAUUCUUUGGAGAGGACGAGGAAGACAUCGACCAGGUGCUGUCGAAGAGAGGACCACUCCUGGGGAAGUCACGGAUGCCCAGACCUGUGGCACACCACAUGCGAUCUUCCAGGUCAGUCACCGACCUGUCAGAUUACACCAGGAUGGACGAGGGCGAGAGACUCAAUAGAGGAACAUCGCUCUCGUUGGAACGAGAUCAGAGGAGGCACAUGACCGACUUUUCGCCUGGCCACAUCUUAUCCAGUAAUUCGUUCAGUCCGUCGAAAGCGCCAGCGACAUCUUCGACUUCGGGGUCUUCCACCACCAUUGCUACCCCUCGAUGGGAGCGACGUCGGUCCUCGUCGACGGCAUCGUCGCAUUCACGCAACAGCAUGCUCUCGCUGCCUACUGAUUCUCAGCCGUCUCAGGUGCAUUCGUCCCAGGAUCACGCCGACUACCGGGCCUCUCUAGAGCUUCGUGCAGCAAACCUGCCGCCAGCGCUUGGCGGCAGCAAGCGGCGCCAUGCGCCACGAGUAGCAAAAAGCAAGCCGAGAGACCCGCUCGAGGACUGCCGACCUGAUCAAGUGGCCAGGCUCAGGAGGAAGUGGGCCAUGACGAGAAUGGUAGAGCUCCCAGCCAAGUUCCCUCAGCAGCGAAUGGACCUUGAGGCUGUCACGAUUCUUGAGCACCGCUUGACUUAUCGAGAUGCUGCAUCGACGAAGCUGUCGAGUCGCAUUAGCAAGAUGGGUCUCGCAAAAACGUGGAAGAAGCGCUUCGUCAUCUUCAGUACGAACGCUCUAGCUCAUCCAAACGACGAAAACAAUUUAAUGCGCUGGCAGGCUUGUCGAUCUACCAACAGGUGGUCCGAGGGUGCUAGAGACGAGGAGGACGACGAUAGUAGGUACGACUCGAUGUCCAUGAUGACGGCAAAUUCGAGCAGGACGCGCAGGAAGCGCGUCAAGGGCAGAGCGGAGGGUGGUAAAGUCGAUAGUGACGACGGCAUGGGCGAGGCUGCCAUCAACUUUGUCUUUGAUUUCGAUGAACAGCGCUACGAGCCCGUCUCGGAACCGUACGCUUGCCUCUCGACCUAUCGGACAGGAACAGAAACGGAGAUGGAAGUCGAGAGGCUAUUCUUGAGCGGCGACAGCACCGUCACGGUGCCUUCCAAGAGUGCCGCCGAACAUGGCACCGACGGCCAUCUUCUGGAGAUCCGUGGCAAGCUCGUGAGCGCCCUGACGGUGAAACAAGACGAGAGGAGAAGAAGCUCCGAUAUCACAACAGUUUGGUUACUCCGCUUUGAGUGUGUCAAUGUGUUGAUGAGCUGGCUCAAGAUCAUGAGGUCCGCUAUCAUUGCGCUCGAACGGGAGGAGCGAUUCUUCCAUGAAGUUCUGGCAGGUCAAGCUCGGACUUCGAGCUACUCAGAUGAUCGCCAGAGGCACUCUCUUCGGCCUCCAGUGUUUUCAUCGGGGAUCGCGUCCACUCGGCUCUCGCUGGACGGCCAUCAAAGCAAGGAAAUGCCCGAUCCGCCCUUGUCCUCAGGUCGCAGUACAGAAGCGCUGCCCGCCGUUAAGGCGCUGACCGAAGAAAAGAUGACCCGACCGAACAAUACAGUCUCUAAGGAACAAGGCCCGACCAGUGGCGAGGAGCCUCAUCUGCAGAACUCGAUCCUUCCGCAAUCAUUGGUCGUUGCCUAUCGAGACCGGUUCAACACCAUUCCUGACAACGCGUCACUCGGUACUAGCAUCCAAGAGAUCAACCAAUUCCACGAAGAGCUUGUCGUCGUCGAUCAGGAGCUACACUUCAUCCAACGCGCCAUCUGCUUGUUCGUUGGCUUCGUUUGCAUCUGGCACGUCGCAUGA